AUGGACAACUUGCAAGUAUCUGAUAUUCAAACUGCUUUACAAUGCAUAUCGUCCACCGCAUCUCAAGAUCAUAAAAAUAAAGCCCUCCAAUUCUUAGAGCAAUUUCAAAGAUCCACUAUUGCAUGGUCGGUUUGUAAUGAAAUAUUAACUAAGCAAGACCCGAUAAACUCCCUUUUGGAACUCAAUAUUUUUGCCGCACAAACUUUAAGAAAUAAAGUCACAUACGAUCUAUCACAAUUGGAAAAUAAUCUACCGCAAUUCAAGGAUUCUUUACUGGCUCUUUUACUGUCCCAUAACCAAAAACUGAUAGUCACCCAACUGAAUGUUGCACUAGCACGUUUAGCGAUACAAUUUUUAGAAUGGCAGAACCCGAUCUUCGAGAUCAUUUCAUUAUUGAAUUCGUCACCAUCCAUAUUGUUAAACUUCUUAAGAAUUUUACCUGAAGAAACUUUAGACAUUGCCUCUACUCCACUGACGGAAGUGGAAUUUAAUUCCAGAAUCCAUGAAUUGAUUGAUCCCAUAGCAGAAGACGUGCUAAAGUUUUUAAUCUCAUGCAUAGACCUACUACAAAACAAAGAUUCGAACUUCAACUCAUCUUCUAUUUCACUCGAACAAAUUUUACGUUGCUUGAAUUCUUGGUCGUAUGAAUUCCCAGUUGAGCAGCUGUUGACCGUCCAACCAUUGAUAACUCUCGUGUUCGAGACAAUUUCCAAUGGUAAUGACAAUGACACGGAGGCAUUUGAUGCUGCUGUUGAUUGUCUAUGCGCUAUUUUAAGAGAAAGCAGGGAUACAACCAAUGAGCAGUUGGUUUCUAGUUUAUUUCAACAGCUUAUGCUUUUACAGGAAAAGUUGUUACCUAGUUUAAUUGCAGAACAUCCCUUAAAUGAUGAAUACGAUGACGAUCUUUUAGAAGGUAUGACAAGAUUAUUCGUGGAAGCUGGCGAAGCUUGGUCGGUUUUUAUUUCUAAAAAUCCUGAAUUUUUCAAACCAAUGGUUUUAGUGCUGUUGAUUUUGACCUGCAAAAAUGAAGACUUGGAUAUUGUUUCAUAUACUUUCCCAUUUUGGUUCAAUUUCAAGCAGAGUUUAGUUUUGCCAAGAUAUCAAGAAUCCAGAAAAGUUUACACAGACGUUUUUGCUAAAUUAAUAAACGGUAUAAUUACUCAUUUACAAUAUCCCUCAGGAAAAUUUUCAUCCAAAGAGGAGGAAGAUAAAUUUAAAGAUUUCAGGUAUCAUAUGGGCGACGUAUUAAAGGAUUGUACUGCAGUGGUGGGAACUUCUGAGGCUUUAUCACAACCGCUAAUGAGAAUUAAGUCUGCGAUACAGAAUAACAACGAUUGGCAAAUAAUGGAGGCUCCAUUAUUUUCCCUAAGAACAAUGGCUAAAGAAAUUUCCCUGACCGAAAACACACUAUUACCCGAAAUCAUAAAGAUUAUUUGUAACUUACCAGAGCAACCCAAGAUCAGAUACGCAUCAACAUUAGUCCUCGGUAGAUAUACCGAAUGGACCGCAAAACAUCCUGAACUAUUAGAAAUUCAAUUACAGUAUAUUUUCAAUGGUUUUCAACUACACGAGGGUUCUGCAGAUAUGCAAAAUAUAAUCACUGCGUCAUCGCAUGCAUUAAUGUUCUUCUGUUCAGAUUGCUCGAAAUUGCUAACUGGGUACAUUGACCAAUUGAUCAACUUUUUUCUCAAUGUACACAAUUCUAUUGAUAUAGAGUCACAAUUUGAACUAUGUCAGGGGCUAAGUGCGGUUAUAAAUAAUCAGCCAGAAACUGAGGUUUCCGUGAUAUUUCAAAAACUGUUAGACAAUAAUUUGAAACAAAUCGAGGCUUUCGUUCCUCAAUGGAAGGCGAAUCCCGUCCUAUUCGCUCCACAAAUAGCCGAUAAGGUUGAUUUGCUGUAUGCACUUUUUGAAGAAUUGAAACCAAGAUAUAAUUACCCACAGCAGGGAUCCGAACCUUUGCUGCCCAAAAUAGAAUUCAUCUGGAAGGCACUAAGAGCUUUGUUGGUCGAUGCGGGAGCAAUGACCGAUAGCAUUAUUGUCGAAAGAGUAGCGAAAUUGCUACGUAGAAUCUUUGAAAGAUUCCACGUAUUUUGUGAGCCGAUAUUACCCUCUGUGGCCGAAUUUUUAAUUCAAGGUUAUUCAACUACCGGAUUCGGUUCUUAUUUAUGGUGUUCAGGCUCUCUUAUUGUUGUAUUUGGCGAUGAUGAGUCAUAUCCUAUCUCCCCUGACCUGAAAGAUGCAGUUUGGAAGUUUGCCUUAUCUCAAUGCGAAACAUUCAUGCUGAACUUCAAUAAAUUCAACAAAUUACAAUUGAACGAUUAUCAUGAAGCAAUUAUUGAUUUCUUUUCAUUGAUUACAGAUUUGAUCAUGUUCUAUCCCGGUGAGUUUUUGAACUCCGCAGAGUUGUUGAACGGAGCACUGAAUGUUGCGCUGGAAUGUGUUAAUAAGCUGGAUAAUUACGAUGCAUAUAUCUGCAUAUUGCGUUCUUUAGAUGACAUAAUAUCGUGGGGGUUCAAGACUCCACCGAUCUCCACAGUAUCCAUUGAGAUAGUUCCUGAUGAAUGGAGAAAUCGAGUUAUCAACGAAGUGGUAAUAGGCCAUGGUAACCGAUUAAUCUUAGCACUAUUUAUCGGAUUGGUAACAACUUUCGAAAGUACUGCUCAUUCGGAUGCCAUUAGUUGUAUUGUAAAAUGCUUGAGGAUACUGACGGAGGCAAAUAAUAACGAUUCCACCAUAUGCAUCGAAUGGAUUUUCAAAGUAAUGGAACAACUUGAGCAGGUGACCAUUCAUGAAAGAGACAAUCUGACAAAAGCUGUGGUUGAGGGACUAAGUUCUAGAGACUACAGAAAGGUGAGAGAGGGAAUCAGAGCGUUUGUUGGUUGGUAUUUAAGAAAAAAUGUCAAUUCGAGAUUUGAAUAA